AUGGGUCCGAGAGAAAGUUUUAAGGAGUAUGCGCAAAAGUGGAGGGAUUUGGCUGGCAGAGUUCAACCUCCUCUGGUCGACAGAGAGCUAGUCGACAUGUUCAUGGGUACUUUGACUGGUACAUUUUAUAGUUAUUUGCUGGGAAGCUCAUCAGCUGGAUUUACUGAUUUGAUAUUGACUGGGGAGCGUGUCGAAAGUGGCAUCCGGAGUGGGAAGAUUCAGGUGGCAACUUCUUCUAGUGUUACGAAGAAGCCCUAUAGUGGAAAGACUGAAGCUAAUGCUGUGCACAGCCAGAAGGGUCGCAACAGAAAUGAUAGUAGCCAAUCUGUUGGAGCUGUUUUGAUUUCUACACCAACACCUCGACCAAAUCAACAACAGGGAUACCAGCAUAGACAAGACGCGCCUAGAAGAAACUUUACAAAGAUCAAUAUGUCUUUGAAUCAGGCAUGGCAACACCUGCUGAAGGCAAAUUUACUUGCACCAGUAGCUCCGCCAAACAUCAAUACAUCUUCUCCUCGCUAUGAUCCUAACGCAAGAUGUGCUUACCAUUCUGACUGUGUGGGAGUAGUCAAUGCUGUGGACCAAAAUUCUUAUGUUACUAAUGUGUUGGGUCUGACUACUCCACUCCCUCUUAUCAAGAAGAAGCUGUUGCAAGCCGGUUUAUUUCCGGGUUGCAUUGAAGACUGUUACUACUGCUCGUCUCAGUCAAAUGGUUGUGCAAUAUUGAAGACUGAUAUUCAAUGCUUGAUGGAUAAUCGAACGAUCAUGUUUGAAAAAGUGCCUUCUAUGGAAAACUUAUGUGAAGAUCUAGCUCAGAAUUUGAAAUUUGAAGACGUGUCCGUGAUUUCUAAGACUCCCGUGAGGAUUCCUACCAAGGGCCCCAUAAGGAUUACUGUUGAGCCCAAGAUAGCUCCCUUGAUCAUCACCAAGCCUGGUCCAAUCCCGUACUCCUCCGACAAGGCUGUCCCCUGGAACUAUGGCAAUGAUGUGUAUAUCCAUGGUGUGAAACAAGAAGCUGUGAAUGAUGAACCCGUUAAAAUUCCAAAUCCCGACAUUGACAAUAUCGUGGGGACUAGCAAGGUUACAAGAAGCGGAAGAAUUUUCUCCUCGGAAAUUUCUCCUGAUGCCAAUACCUCAACCCAGGUCCCUGUUUCCGAUUCAACCGCUGAUGUGCGAGGAAAGGGACCAAUGCUGGAACCAGUUCAGACACCAGUAGAAGCUACUGCUGAAGAAGUCUCCCAGAAGGAAAUGGAUGAAAUUCCGAAGAUCAUCCGGAAAAGUGAUUAUGAUGUGAUCGAACAAUUGGGGCACACUUCCUCCAAGAUAUCCAUGCUCUCAUUGUUAACCUGUCCUGAGGCUCAUGUUAGGGCUUUGAUGAAAUUUCUAAAAGCUGCACACGUACCACAAGAAAUUUCUGUUAAUCAAUUUGAGAACUGUGUUGCAAGUUUGACAACGGACAACUACCUGGGGUUUUUUGAUGCUGAUUUGAUUCCUGCUGGAAAAAAUCAUAACAAGGCCUUGCAUAUCUCCAUUGAGUGUAAGGGCACUACUCUGUCCCAUGUGCUGGUAGAUAACGGUUCCUCCUUGAAUGUAUUGCCUAAAAUGGUGCUGGAUAGACUUGAUUCUGAAGGGACAGUGCUAAAACCCAGUAAUGUGGUGGUCAAAGCUUUCGAUGGGUCGAAGAGUACAAUCUAUGGAGAGAUUGAGCUCCCAAUCAGAGUGGGUUCUCAAACUUUCAACUCCUUGUUCUAUGUGAUGGAUAUUCACCCUGCCUAUUCUUGCUUGCUUGGGCGCCCGUGGAUACAUGGGGCAAGUGCUGUGACAUUUACUUUGCAUCAGAAGCUGAAGUACCCUGCAAAUGGCAAGAUCGUCACUGUGCAUGGGGAAGAAGAGUAUGUGGUUAGCUAUGUGAAUGAGUAUAAGUAUAUCGAAGUGAACAGUGAAUUCAUCGAGACUCCUUGCCAGACUUUUGAAUUAGUUCCUCAAGUUGUCUCUACUGCCAAGCACACUCCUACUGUUCCUAAAGUUACUCGGAUUCCUCCGACAAUGGCUUCUCUGAAGGAUGCUAAGGCUAUAGUUGAAGAAGGUGGUUGUACUGUUUGGGGCCAACUCAUUGAUGUCCCAUAUAAAUCUGACAAACUUGGUUUAGGCUGUACUAGUGGAACUCAGAAGAGUAAUCAUCACACCCGUCCUGGAGGAUUAAUGUCUCACUUCGUUAGCAAAGGAGUCAAUGCCUUGGAAGAUGGGGAAAGCAACUGUAAUCUAGACAAGUGGAUCUUUGCGACACCUGACCAUGGGCUGAGCAACUGGAAGACCGAAGAUGUUAUCUCUAUCUCCUUCAACCAGGAGUAA